AUCUGGUAUACUUUUGUUUCUUUUCUCUUAGUCUGGCCGGUCGGACUUGGUCUGGCUUGCCCUCUCCUAAACGCCGUUCCCGUCUUUCUGCUUGUCGCCGCCCACACUCCCCCCGGUUGAUCCUACCGCGCAUUUUUCUUCCGGCUGGAUACUUUGACCGAUCAUAUACAGCCUCGCUAAUAUCUUGACGACUAUUUAAUCCGCUCUCAACAUUUCACAGUGUGCUCUAUUGCUCUCUACCGCCCGUGGAAGUAACUGCAGAUUCUUCCUAUCUGCGUUUGCUCCUGAGCGGGCCACGCUUAUUUCCCUUGUGGGUAAUCUUCACAACGCUUUCUUACUCUGUGUUGUCAUCCAGCCAGUGGAACCAUACUCAACACCUAUUGAUUCAGAACGUUACUCGGGCGCGCUCCCGCCUAAAUUUGGCUACAAACUUGUGUGUUUAGCUCGAUCGCGCAUCGGUAUUUAAAUACAAAGCCGUUACGCAUCUGGUUAAAAGUAUCAGUCAUUUCGCCUGAUCGUCUUCUUUCUUUUCUCUAGCCGUGAUCGCCACGCGCCCCACGUCUUACCCUGUGGUGAGCUUCCUCGCCGCGAGACGGUGGAUGCGCGCUGAAACCGUUUAUUCCCCGACGCCUUCCAUCGAGGACAAAAACUAGGUGAGGGUGGCUGAGCCCCUUGGAGUGCCACCAUGAAUCAGAUGAAUGUAGCUGGAAUGAACCCCGGGGCCGGGGGCCCCGUGGGAGGGGUCCCUAUGAUUAAUAAUGGUUCGACGGCUCCUCGUAACGAUGGAAAUGUGAACUAUAUCCCCGAAACGAUGAUUAACAGCCUCAAUACGUAUAUCUAUGAUUACCUCUUGAAGCGCGGCCAUCACGAAUGUGCCCGAGCCUUUGUGAAGGACGAGUCGAUUAAACUGAGCACCGAGCCGCCCAUAAAGUCAAGCCCGGGUCACCGUCGCGAUGGCGAGGUGAAUGGUGUUGAUGGUGAUGCAAUGAUGACAGAUGGCAAAGAUGGUGACAAGAUGAAGAUACCUGAUGACUUGCCUCGGCCAAAUCUUCCUAGUGAAGGCCAACAAUCCUCUUUUCUCUUGGAUUGGUUCAGUCUUUUUUGGGAUUUUUUCUGGGCUCAGCGCAAGAAAGGGAACAGCAAUGAUGUGAGGCAGUACCUCCAACAUACUCAGAACAUGUUGCGCUUCCGAGAACAGCAACAUAACCAAUUAUUACGACAACAGCCAAUGAUGCCCGCCCAGAUGCAACAGCUCAAUCUUCGCCGAAACGGAUCUGUUGCACCCAACCUUCAGAAAACUGUUCUGCAAAACAAUACUUCAGGCCUCUCCCAACAGCAGCUUGCUCAGCUCCAUAAGACUCAGCAAGUGCAAAUAAUGCAACAGAUGCAGAGAGAGCACUCAGAUAUAGAUAUGAACGGCCAUCGUCCCCAGUCUCCGUCGUCCACAGAGAACGCUCCGUCACCGUCGAAACGGCCCCGCCUCGAAGGCGGUCACAUGAACGGACAGCAAUUGGCUCCCAACGGACGGGGUCAAGGACAGGGCAUGCCCGGUCAGCCGAAUCCGCAAGCGCUUUUGAUGCAGAAUGGUCUCAAUCCACGGCCCAUGAAUCCGGCCCAAUUCCAGGCUUUCCAGCAGUCGGGCCCUGCUGCGCAGCAGAAGUCAAUCCAGGUAUAUGCUCAAAAUUUAGCUCUUCACCACUCUCGCUCAGCAAUGAAUAACCAGGGCAUGCCGAAUGGUGGUUUGAUAAAUCCCGGUGUCAUGCCAAACCAGACGGAUCUGGUGCCAUUGCCAGAUAGCCAGGGUAUGUACCCGAUGAACGGCGAUUACUAUGGCACAAAUGGUCAGAUGGCCCAGGUUCGGGGUGGAAUGCAGACAGCUGGCGGUCAGCAUGGGAAUCAUGCUCUCCAGGAUUAUCAAAUGCAGCUUAUGUUGCUCGAACAACAGAACAAGCGGCGCUUGAUGAUGGCUCGUCAAGAGCAGGAUAGCAUGGCCCGUCCUGACGGUCAGCCCCCAAUGCCAGGGCAGCAGCAGGGUUUGCCACCAGGCACCUCUCCCCAGGGCAGCAGGGCGGGUACGUCACCCAACCCGAACGAUCAAAUGAAACGAGGCACUCCGAAGAUGCCCCCGACUGGCCUUCCUGGUUCCCCCAGCGGCGGUGAUGCAAUGGCUCAGGGUCGUGGAUCACCUGCGUCCAUGAACUUCAACGGAGGUCAAAUGCCACCUGACAUGGGCGGCGCAUUCUUCAUGAAGGGCAUGCCAGACGGCAUGGCUGGCCCCAACGGAAUGCGGCCGCCGAGUUCAAAUCCCACUUUCAGCGGCCCUCAAAUGGGUCAGCCGAUCCCUGCAGGCACUGGAAACCGGGUGCCGAGCGGAGGUUGGCCACCACAGCAAGGUGGUCAGGGCCAGCCGAUGGCGCCGCAACAGUCCCCCGCGACCCAAACUACCGGAACGCCCCAAGAGCGAAAUGCGAUGCCGCCUCCUCAGGCUCCGCCAGCUGCGGGUGCUAACGCCGGCCGGACGCAGCCUCCGUCCCCUCAAACGGCUCCUGCUCCACCUACUCCACAGCAGGCGAACAAGCCCGCCCCGAAGAAGAAAGAGACUAAAGAUAACCGGAAGCGACCGAAGAAGGCGACUAAUGCCACCGCUACCGCAAACACUGCUGCCACUCCCUCCUCCGAAGCAGAGCAUCCUCCGACUCCUACACCUUCGACACCAAUCACGCCCCAACAUCCAAAUUCCUUCAAUAAGGCUGGCGCAAAUGCCACGACGAGUGCUCCACAGCAGCCAACCUCUGCACCUGCACCUCAGCCCCUCGUACAACCGCCGCCACCACCGGAUCAGAGUCAACAACCAUUCAAUGACCUCAGCAUCCCAGAUGCGUCCGCGUUCAAUCUCGAUUUCAGCGCUUUGGAGAAUCCGGACAUCUUGGAGAAUUUCGACUUCGAUACGUUUCUCAAUACUGAUGCGGAUACCGCGGGGUUUGGAUUCGAUCCGAACAUAUCAUACCCGACAGAUGGAGUUGAGACCGGUGCCGGAGAUGGCUUGUAAAGGAGUCCAACGGAUAUUUCGUUCUUAUCUCUCAUAUACCCUUCCUUGCUUUGUACAUUCCUAAACUUUGGCUUGUGCUAUUCGGUUUUUGUUCAAUUCCCCUCUUUCUCUCAUGCCUGAUUACAUUUUUCCUCUUCUUAUUAUGUCUCUGUGUGUGUAUUGACAUGACUUGGAUAUGUGCCGUGAGACUGGCGUUUGUGUAUCCUUUACUUGCAUGUCUUCCAUUUUUCUUUUUUUGACUGAGACGCGUCAACUGGC